CUUUGUUGUCAGUGGGAUAUAUGGCAAGGGCGCCACGGAGAUGGGCCUCAGCAGAACGUCAGAGUACGAGACCAUCGAGUUGACCGCUCGAGACAGCGGGAGACUCGUGAAGACUUUGUGGCUCCGCGCGGACGACAUUCCUGUCCAACAGCCGAUUCACCGCGUCAUUUUCCACGCGCUUUUUCUUUUCUUUGCGUACGGCGGCUUCAGAUAGACAGGGCAUGGUCAUUGGAAAAGUCAAGUUCCGCGAUAUACAGAUCGAGAUUCAUCGGAACAAGCUGAAGCAAGAUGCGCUGGAACAUAAAAAGGGAGAGAAAUACAGUUUUUCCACGAC